GCAACAUGUCUGCUUCAAGUGAGAAACUGGAGAAGGCACUGAGUGAAUAUUUCCGACACACCUUCAGCUUCAUUGAAACGGUCAGAAACUUCACGACCACAAGCUCUGAGUGGAUACGACAGCGAGAGGAAGAGAAAAGCACUUUGGCCAACAUCUCGGAGAAGGCUAGAGACGUCCGCAACAGAUUCAACCAGGUCAAAAAGGCAAAACAGAGAGCGAAGGCUUUUGGAACUUUUGUAGGAGACAGUAUUGUACCAGGAAGAGCAUCGAAGAAACAGGCUGAGUUGGAGAAGGAGCUGGAGACGGAGCUGGAGGUCCUGCUGCAGAGGAUUCUGGAGGGUCUUCGUGAGAUGCAGAUCUUUUUAGAUGCGGUGGAGAAGUUAGCGGUGACUUCAGAUCGUGUGUUUGAGAAAACCUUGGUGGUACGGUUGUCAAUAAAAACUGAUCUGGAGUCAGUGAAGAGGAUCAUACUUGCUGCUCGGAUCAUCGGGCCUCUGGUGCUGCUGUUCAAACGGAACAAUGAGGAGUUCUUCAAAACCCAACUGCACAAUGUAGAAGUGAUGCAGAUUCAGUUGGAUCAGUACAUCGGGACCAUUAAGGACAUCUGCAGUCUUUUUGAAGAAUGCUCUGUUGCAGAUCUCGUCCUGAAGAGCCCCACGGUGUUCUUGGACCUAGAUGUGCGUGAACAUGACGCUGGAAAAAUGCUUGAGCGCAUCAACACCCGCAGCCAAAUCAGGAUGGAUGAACACUUGCGGAUGGUGUUCUUGUUCCGGGACGAACAUGGAACCUUCAUGGAGAUGUUUCGAGAGAGGAGGGAGAGGAUGCUGGAGGUCCUGGAUGAGCUGGAGCCCUGUGCAGUGAAGUUAGACCGAAUGAACAAAGGAGCCCGGGUCUCCAAUGUGGUGGGCAGCUCUGUGGGGGUGGUGGGAGGAGGUUUGGCCAUCGCUGGUUUGGCUCUGGCUCCUUUCACUGCAGGAUUGUCUCUGGGUCUGACUGUAGCUGGAGCUGCAACAGCAGUGACCAGUGGAGCCAAUGGUAUAGUAACCAUGGUUACAGAGAAGGUUGUUACCAGUAAACAGAAGGAAAAGGCCAAUGAGGUCUUUAAAAGGUUUAUGAAAGAUGUGGAUGAGCUCCAGAAUUGUGUGAAGGAGGCCAUUAACCAGCAUUUCCAGAGCACAGAAAACAGUGAUCUUCUCAAAGCUUUGAAGGAGACAGGCAAAGGGGCUGCUGGGAUGAAAAGCAUUGAUGCAAUCUUUGAUUGCUCAGCUGUCGUUAAACUGUGGAAGGCAGAGAAAGCUGUAGUUAAAGUUGCAGGUUCAGGGAGGGCUGUGAGUAAGGCUGCUUCAGACGUCCCAGAGCUGGGCCAGGCGGCUCUCAAAGGUCCUCUGGCCAUGUCCAAAGCUGCUCGAGGAGGGUUCAUCAUUGUUAAUGCUCUGUUCAUUGGUUUGGACGUAUUUGUCAUCGCCAAUGAAGGCAUGAGUCUGUCCCGGGGCAGUGAGACCGAGACCUCAAAGUGGAUCAGAGCCAGAGCCGCUCUGUGGAGGUCAGAGGUCAACUCUUUCCAGAGGAUCAAUGAUUCUCUGGAAGAAGGACAGGAGCUUUCGGAGAAGAAAAAGGUCCUCCAGGAGCCCUUCUAUGAGGGUGAUGUGAUGGACAAAACAGGCCAGAAAGGAAAUUAAAACCAGCUGAAGUAGCGAUUUAAAUAAAAAUCAUUUAUUUUGGUCUGAGCUGAUCUGAGGUCAGUCAUCAUCCUACAAAGGACAGGGUCAGAGCAGGAUCACCGCUGGUUUAGACUAACU